AUGGAUGAACAGCUCGUCCCAGCUCUGGCCUACGAGGCGAUCAGUAUUCAGACCAGGGAGUCGUUCGACACAUUCCUAAACCUUUACUUUCCCAAACAUAACGCUUGCGUCCAAUCUCGACUUCAAGUGAAGUGGAUGGACUUCCUACGGAGCGGAUGGUCCACGUUUCCUCCAGCCUUGGUGUGGAGUCUGCGCGCCCUCAUGACCUUGCUGAUGGGGGCCUCGCAAGGGAACAAGCAAGCAAUAUUAUGUGCUCGUCAUAUGUACGGUCGGGGAAUCCAGAAUCUGGCUUCUCUCCUACAGUCACCGGCAGCGCUUGCUGACGAGACACUGGCCGCUGCAAUGCUCCUCGGCGGAUACGAGGUUCUAGACGGUAAUAGUCACCGUUCCUGGAUCGUCCAUGCGCGUGGUAUCGCACAUCUCAUGCGUGCCCGUGGCUCUGCCGCACAUCAGCAGGGAAUGGGACGAGCAAUGCUGAUGGCUUGGAGACCUUUCUUGAUCGCAGAUGCAUUUGUGAAUGGGGUUCCUUGCUUUCUGGGCGAUCCUGAGUGGAGACGCACAUCUAUGAACGAAGAGAUUGCCAGAGCGGAAAAUAAAGGGGGACUUGGGAGUCUGCUAGGUCAGAUGACGGACUAUGCUUUCAGCGAGGUCGCCAAAUGUCCUGGCUAUCUGGCAGCAACCAACGAACUGGUCACAGUAAGCGCACCCGCGUCGACAGUCAAUCUGGGCUCCCUGAUAGCCGAGAUAUCAGAAUCAAAGGAGUAUUUGGUUCAAAUUGAGAGCAUGUUAUCAUCAACAGAGCCAUCCCCUCAUUUUGUUGGAGUGAUGCCUUCGAUGUAUGCUACUACCUGGGUGCAGGGAACAUGCGAAGGAGUCGCCUCGGCUGUCGCCUUCCUCGACCAUCUGCUGGCGACCCUUGGAACAAUCUCAAGAUGCUUUACUCUGUCACAAUCGUCCGGUUUGGUGAUUCGCAAUGGUGGUAACCACGAUGACCAAGCCCUCUAUCUUUCCACGAUCCCACAGACCCCAGUCGGUCUCACGACCCAAUCUUCUGCUAACAAACAUUCAGAAGACAUUGACCUCGAGUCAUAUGAUAUUGGCGACCGACUGGAUCGAUUUUCUUUGACGAUGGGAAUGGGAAGCCUGUUACCAGCUACUUGCGGUUUCCCCGCAUUUUCGGCAUACGAUGCUAUAUCAGACCUUCCCACCAAACCCCCGUCUCAUGAAAGACCUCAAUCAUCUCAGUGA